AUGGGUCUGAAAGAUUCGGCGCUCGCCAAGUACAUACGGAAUAUCAAGACGUCGCCGAAGUCUCUCAUCGCGAACAGGCAGCUGAUUUGCACUUCGUUGGUGUUUGCUUUUGCGGGCAUUCCACUGUGCUGGGACCAGGGCUCCUCCGCAACGAUCCCCUCCCUCCCCGGCUUCCAGCAUGCCUUCGGCAUAACCUCCGCCACGAACCCGGGCCAGGUCUCCAACUUCGUCUCCCUAGUCUACACCGGGGCCGGCGUCGGCGCGGCCCUCACCUACUUCAUUAACGACCGCUGGGGCCGCCUCUGGGCUCUCCGCAUCUACUCCGUAACAUGGAUCAUCGGCCAGCUCAUCGCCGUCGCCUCGUCCGGUAACCUCGCCGCCAUGUACGCCGGUCGAAUCAUCGCCGGCUUCGGCAUCGGGCCCCUCACCGUCAUUGGCCCCGUGACCCUCACCGAGAUCGCGCCCGCCGAGACCCGCGGGCUCAUCACCUCCUGGUUCUCCGUCAUCAUGCUGCUCUCGCUCACCGUCGCCGCCUUCGUCGUGCUCGGCUGCUUCGGCAUGGCCCCCAGAAACGUGCAGUGGCAGGUACCCUUCUUCAUCCCCUGCGUCGCCAUGGCCCUCGUUGUCGCGGCGAGCUUCUUCGUCAUGGACAGCCCGCGCUGGCUGUUCCUUGUCGGGCGCGACGACGAGGCGACGCAGACGCUGGUUUCGCUGCGCGGGCUGCCGCUCGAGCACCCGCGCAUUCAGUCAGAGCUGCGCGAGAUCACGGAGAGCGUCGCCAAGGAAAGAAUUGCGUUUGGGGAGGCGAGCACGUACUCGCUGAAGGGACUAAGGGCCGUGUGCCGCGAGACGUUCCUGGUUCCGGCGAAUCUGCGGCGUACGCAGCAGGCGUUUCUGUCGUAUGCCCUCGCGCAGUUGUCGGGUGCGAAUAGUAUCACGACGUAUCUGGUGCCGGUGCUGAGUCUCAUUGGGGUCAAGGGGGGAACGACGCAUAGUUUGCUGUAUGCGGCGCUGUACUCGAUGGCCAAGUUCUUUUAUACGCUGAUUGCGAGUUUCUUUUUCGUGGAUGCGCUGGGGCGGAGGAACAGUUUCCACGAGGGGCCAGUUUCGCAAGGUGCUGGACAAGGUGCUCUUGCGGCUAUUUUCUUGCAUGGCUUCGGCUACGCUGUUGGCCUCUUGAUUCUGCCGUACAUCUUCGUCAGCGAGCUGUGGCCGAACCAGCUCCGGUCUUUCGGCGCAUCCCUCACGCAAUGCUUCCAUUGGCUCUUCUUCUUCGGAGUUAACAAGGGGGUUCCUUCUCUUCUCGAGAGCACCGACCAGUGGGGCGCGUUCCUCUUCUUCGCCGGCUGGUGUUUCUUGGCGCUCCUCUACGUAUUCUUCACCGUGCCGGAGACUGCGGGCGUGGACCUCGAGAAGAUUGACGAGCUGUUCCAAGGCCCAUGGUUCAAUCAAUACAAGAGGACCAAGGCGAUGGGCCGAGAUGUGGAAGUACUCGAGUCUGUUGAGUCGCGAAGCGAGAGCGAAGGCGUUGAUGUGUUGGCAUCUGGGAAGAAGUGA